GUGUAAUUAGGUGCCUACGCGGUAUAUUUUAUUCAGAAACAGAAGUAUCAUGUUACUACAUUUUUAUAAUGUACAACAAUAUAGUCAGUAUAAUAUAAUAUUAUAUUAUUAUGGUUAGAAUAAGGUUUUUUGAGGGCUUCAUUCAUAACGAUUGUGUUACUUGGAUAUUUUGUACCAUGAGAAUAUUGUUCAGUAUAGUGUAGGCAGUUAACGAAACAAAUAGGCAAUAUAUUUUUAAUUUCGAAAUUUUGGUUUGAAAGCCAAUAAAAUAAAAAAAAAAUUAAAAUGAUCGUGGACUCUAGUGGUUUGACGGUGCCUUUCGCAAUUUUGUGUAUUGUUGAUUUGUUUGGUAUAUUCCCGAUAGUCGUGUUACCGGGACCUGUAAUAAAAUGCGGAUGGUUGGGAAUACCACUGGCUAUCAGUGUAUUUACAAUUCAAGUAUACACUGCAAUAUUGUUGGGAAAAUGUUGGAUCAUAGCUGAAGAAAUUGAACCAAAUAUUGUAAAAAAAAACAGGUAUCCGUAUGCUGCUUUAGCUGAGCUUAUUUUUGGUGAUAAAGUAAAACGCAUUGUCACAGUUAUGUUGGACGUCGCCGUAUUUGGUGCAUGCAUUCCAAACCUCCUAAUUGCUUCUUACAAUCUUCACAUUCUUGGAAUAAAACUCUCGAAUGAUAGUUUUAACUUGUCACCGUGUAUUUGGUUGAUUGUUGUUGGAAUAGUAUUGUGUCCACCUCUUUGGCUUGGGAGUCCAAAAGAUAUGAAAUGGAUUGCAUCGAGCUCUGUAUUUUUUGUGGGCUCAGUGAGUGUUUUAACAUGGAUAUCAAUGUACAAUACACAACGUGAAAUGUAUGCACCUAUUCUCGAACCUUCAUGGAAUAGUGUUGCUCUUGCAUACGGAUUAUUAGCAUUUCAGUUUGAUGUCCAUCCUCUCGUUCUCACUAUACAGAUGGAUAUGGUUAACAAACGAAAAUUGCCCCUGGCAAUCAUCUGUGCAUUUUUAAUAACGUGUAGCUUAUUUUUAAUAACUACUACCAUUGGAUAUGUACGAUUUGGAUCGCUCUUGAGCUCUAAUCUACUGGACCAACUGUCAGAGAGUUAUGUAUUAGACGUCAAUAUAACUUUAGUUACAAUUCAAAUAUGUUUAUCGACAGCAGUUAGCACCACAGCACUGUUUCAGCACAUUGAACAUUUUUUUAAAAUACCUAAAGAAUUCAAUUGGAGAAGGUGUGUAUUAAGAUCGUGUAUAGUGAUGUUGGCGGUAACGAUAGGAGAGGCUGUACCAAGAUUUGACCUAUUGAUGGGCUUAAUUGGAGCACUGUUGACUGGUCCAUUAAUGUUCCUCUUGCCACCAUUGUUUUACAUUAAAAUACGAUCACUUCGUCGAUUAAAAACCAAAAAGUCCGAAGGGGUGUGUUAUCGUACGUUUCCAAAUGCAAAACCGACUCCGAUAGUUGGUUUCAAGCGUUUAGCACUGUUAGUGUUUAUAAUAUUAGCUGGAACAUUGGCAACCAUCUUGUCAACGGUAUCCGGGAUUAGAGAUACAAUUAUAUAUGCCAAGUUCACGCCUUCGUGCAUAAUGAAAUUAUUCGAAUGACAUAAUUUGAAAAUAAUUUGUUUGUUUUUCGCAUUUGUUAAUCAGAGUAAACACUGAAAAACGGUAUGUGAGAUGUGACUGUAAUAAAUUGCUGAAUAAAAGUAUUUGGUAAUGGUUA